AUGGCCACUGUCGACGGUGAUGGUUUUCUAAUAAGCCCAAAGAGAGAGGAAAGGGUACCAGCAAGACUUCUAUCAAGCCUUGAUUUGGUUAAAAGGGUGCCAAAAUGGUAUUCAUCGCGCGAGGUCCAGAUAAUUCCAAUAGCAAAGUCUGGCAAGAACAAGAAUCCGCUUUUAUCCACUCCAUCCAAAGUACUCACCGACAAUGUCAUUUGCCAUUUCAAAGGCUUUACGGGUGGACAUAAAGGAGCUUUCCAAGAACUUGAUAGUUAUUGCAAACUAUCCAUUGGGUUAGCCACCGGCGGAAUCCCAUGCGACUUAUGCAUUUGUCGACUUCAUGGUCUGGUAUGCGAUAACUCUUCGGAACAAGCACGCAUUGUCGGAAUGCUACUAGAGUAUAUCAAGCCCAAGAUCACUCCUGCACCCAGCACACUGACGAAUGUGGCUAUGUCAGUCGACAAUGAAAUUCGGCGAUGUUGGUCCCAAGAGCUGGAAUCGAACAUUCGCUGUCUUCAUAGAGCUGUGGGCGGCUAUACUCUCUCAUGGGUCAGUCCCGAAAACUGUGGGACGACGGAUGGUGACCUUGAGGGCUUGUCGAAGAUAAAGUCCUGGCUUAGUACCUAUAAUUGA